UUUGUUUACGUGAAUACCGUUUCUCCACUUGACAACAGUCCGUCCAUGUCAUCAAGCUAGGGUUUUGUUCUCCCUCAUCUCCGUUACUAUACUCCCUGCAUCACUUUCCCGGAUAGUUUUGAAUUUGCAAUCCACGAAGAAAAAAAACAAGGAGAAAUGACGACGGUUGUUCCAACUUCUGAGGAAGAUCCAGCGCUCACCGUGGUUCGGUUCACCGCUCAAAUGUCAUGGGCUGAUGCUGGCCCUGAGAUUGCGGAGCCUCAGGUGAAUAGGUUGUGCGUCGAGACACAGGAAUGCAUAAUUAAAGGAAGAUGGUUAGAUUUGGCUUCGUUGAUGCUUACUUCUGCGGAUUUGAUCUUUUCUAAAGCUUCGGACAAAGAUCUCGAGUGCAUUUUCACUAUAAUCUGCAACCUUGUCAAGAAGCCCGAAAGUUUGGACCAAGUACACGAGAUGGCGGAGCUCAUAUCCACUAAGCUUUCUCAACAACCAAGUGAUAAGGCUGCAUUGCGCCUAAAAAUCUUGUUCAAUCUCUACAACCUGUUGGAGAAUCGUUAUAGCCGCUUCCUUGUGUACAUGAAGGCCCUUAAUUUGGCCAUAAAUGGAAAGGUCACUGAACAAAUCUCGCCAUCAUGCAAAAAGAUAGAUAGCUUCUUGAAAGAAUGGAAUCUUGGAGCCAAAGAUCAGAGGGAGCUCUUCCUUAGGAUCUCAAACAUUCUGAAAGAAACCAAGGGCUCUUCAAAAGAGUCUUUCAAGUUUCUUGUAAAUUAUUUGGAAACUUUCUCGAGUGAAGAUGCUUCUGCCAUGAAUGAGGCAAAGGAAGAAGCUCUCCACGCAAUUAUUGCCUUUGUCAAGGCACCUGACAUGUUUCAGUGUGGCUUGCUAGAUAUGCCUGCUAUAGUCCAAUUGGAGAAAGAUGCUAAAUAUGGUCUAGCAUAUCAGCUUCUGAAGAUCUUUCUCACUGGGAGACUAGAUGAUUACUUGAAUUUCCAGGAGGCAAAUUCUGAAUUAUUAACAACCUAUGGACUUAUCCAUGAAGAUUGUGUAGAAAAAAUGAGACUAUUGACAUUGGUAGAUCUUGGCAUGACGGAAACCGGUCAAAUUCCUUAUUCCAUGAUCAAAGACACAUUGAAGAUUGAUGAUAUUGAGGUGGAAUCGUGGAUUGUUAAGGCAAUUUCAGCUAAGUUACUUGUCUGCAAAAUAGAUCAAAUGAACCAAGUAAUAAUUGUGAGCCGAUGUACAGAGCGUUUAUUUGGGCCAAAUCAGUGGCAAUUGCUUCGAGCAAAGCUUGCGACCUGGAGGGGAAAUAUUUCAGGGGUUAUUAGCACAAUUCAUGCUAACAAAAUAAUUGAAGAUAGCACACAAACAAUGCAAGGAUUAGCAAUCCGCUGAAGGUUGCUUUUGUUGGUUAUUUGCGGAAAUCAUCUUUAAAAUUUUGGAGACUGGAUUAAUUAGUGCCCAUAUAGAGCCAUCUCUUUCAAGUAGAAAUUUAGACAUACUUUGCCUUCUGCGCCAAUUUUUCUUUGAGUUUGUUAAGGUGUUCUUGCUUUCUAUUCUUGUCAAUUUUACAGAGAUGUAAUUUUAUGAGAUGACAGUGUUCAAUUAUACUUUACAGUUGAUUCCAGUAUUUCCAUGUCCAACUUCAACUUUUAGGCAUCCGUGAAAUCCAUCCUUUAAAAUAAGGAGGUGGUCUAGUUUUGUUUUGGCCAGAGCUGGUGAUGGAGAAUUGGAGAUGCGUAGGGCCGGGGUGGACAUAGCUUGUUAGCAGUCUCUGCGGACUUUUCAUUUGGACCAUGUAUAUCUUAGCUAUGCUAUGAGGAGUUCGCGAGUCCGUACUAAUUGUUGAGUGUUGAUCACAACAAGAAGAUACAUAGUGUAAUUCCACAAGUGGUGUCGGGGGAGAGUAGCCGAGCGUCUACAGGCGGUUAGAUAGAACAUAUUUCAAUUUACUUAAUUAUAUGUGGACCAAUAAUAUUUAGAAUUUUUAUGGCCUUUAGAAAAAGCUUAUCCAUACUUAUUGUGAGUAGUUCAAUACUUAUUCAUUAUUCUCCUUUCUUUCGGAAAAAUAAAAUUCUCUUCUAAUUUGUAGCAGGGAGUAGACGCCUGGUCCUCUAAUUUUCAUUUUCCGAAAAUGAGCAAUCAAUCAUGAGUUCUAACAGUAGAAUACAACUAACGUCAAGCUCAGGUAAUAUUCUUGCAUUAUAUUAUACGCUAAAAACAUUGUGCCAAAUUUAAAAUACAAAAACGGACAAAAACAAUGAAAUGAUGAAAGUUUGUAUCUUGUGCAGUGUUUUCUUCCUCUAAUAAUGCAUUAGGUGGGGUCUCCCCCCCCAAAAAAAACUCUUUAUACUCCGUGAACAGCUUCAUUAUUACUCAUAGGACCGAGGCAAUAAUAGUCACAUUUCUAACAUGAUGAAGAGCUGCACUUUCUUCUUAUCCAUGGUGAUGAUAAUGGAGCUUUUGCUCUCUACUUCUUCAGUUACUGUCGCGAUGAAUAUGACGGAAUUGGAUGGUAUAAAUUGGGAGGUUAGUCUUGCAGGUGAAAAUAGUGUCUCUUACCGUGCUUUUCAGCGGCCACCUAUCUGCAAUGAAGAAGUGUCUGGCAGUUGCAUCGGGCCAAAAAUGAACUCUGGGCAAGGGCAACGGACAUGUAAGCUCUACGAUCCCUGCGUUCGCUCUCCAGGUUGAUUCAUUGGUAUAUCAUGUAUGUAUGCCCAAAAGUAAAGUUAAGUGAGGAUAUUGUUAGUUUCUGUUGUAGCUUAUAUAUGUCUUCUUCUUCUUCUCCUUGUAGUGGCCAAAAACCUAUAGUAAGUUUAGCUAGGGUCGGAUGAAAAGCUAGUGUGGCUGCUGGGUUUCGAGCCCAGAUCUCCGCAGCCACAACGUGGAAUUCUCGCCACUAAACUACAGCCACUUGUUAUCUGUAUUGGUGAAAUAUGAUAAAUAAUUUAGAUAUGUAAAUGUAUGUUCAUCUCUUUUUAGCUAAAGCAUGAAUGAAACCCUUGAGUAUGUACUCCCAAAAUGGUAAGAAUUUGAUAUGGUUAUGUUUCUCA